GUAAGAUGGUGGGCUGUGCGGUGAUCCAUGUGAACGGUGAUGAUGCGGAUGAGGUGGUGCGAGCCACGAGGCUGGCGGUGGAGUACCAGAGACGCUUUAGGAAGGAUGUUAUCCUGGACCUGCUCUGCUACAGACAGUGGGGACACAACGAGCUGGGCCAACCUCCUUCACUAACCCUGCCAUGUACAAGAUCAUCCGCUCCAGGAAGAGCACCCCAGACUCUUACGCUGACCAGCUGAUCUCAGAGGGCCUGAUGACAGAGGAGGAGCGUGUUGCCAUCAGGACAGCCCACUACGGCAUGCUGAACGACAAGCUGACUAACAUGACCUUCUACAGCCCUCUACCCAUGAACCUGCAGGUAACAU